CCUGAUAGUAACUUGCAGUUUCAGAGCACAUGCAUGCCGCACGCGCUGCGUUUUCAUACUCUGCUCUACCUGCUGGGAAAUUCACCUUGUCAUUGCCUGGGGGAGCGUCCAGCCGGUCCCAAAGCAGAAAAGUUGCAUUUUCCUACCACCAAUAAGGUCUGGCUUUCUGGGAGUGAUUUCAAGGCAUUGGAGUGCAAAGAGGAGACAACUCCUUAGAGAAUUGAAACAUGACCAAAAGCAAUGGAGAGGAGCCCAAGGUGGGAGGUAGGAUGGAGAGAUUCCAACAAGGCGUCCGAAAACGCACACUAUUGGCCAAGAAGAAAGUACAGAACAUCACAAAGGAAGAUGUUAAAAGUUACCUAUUUCGGAAUGCUUUUGUUCUGCUCACUAUCACCGCUGUCAUUGUGGGUACAAUCCUUGGAUUUACUCUUCGACCAUACAAAAUGAGCUACCGGGAAGUCAAGUACUUCUCUUUUCCUGGAGAACUUCUGAUGAGGAUGUUACAGAUGCUGGUGCUGCCACUGAUCAUUUCCAGUCUUGUCACAGGAAUGGCUGCCCUAGAUAGUAAGGCAUCAGGGAAGAUGGGGAUGCGAGCUGUAGUCUAUUAUAUGACUACGACCAUCAUUGCCGUAGUGAUUGGCAUAAUCAUUGUCAUCAUCAUCCAUCCUGGGAAGGGCACAAAGGAAAAUAUGUACAGAGAAGGCAAAGUUGUACAAGUGACAGCUGCAGAUGCUUUCCUGGACUUAAUAAGAAAUAUGUUUCCUCCAAACCUGGUCGAAGCCUGCUUUAAACAGUUUAAAACCAACUAUGUGAAGAAAAGCUUUCGAGUACCCAUUCAGCCCAAUGAAACAUUGGUGGGUGCUGUGAUAAACAAUGUGUCAGAGGCCAUGGAGACACUUACAAAAAUUAAAGAGGAGUUGGUGCCAGUUGCAGGUUCUGUGAAUGGGGUCAAUGCCCUGGGACUAGUUGUCUUCUCCAUGUGCUUCGGUUUUGUUAUUGGAAACAUGAAGGAGCAGGGACAGGCCCUGAAAGACUUUUUUGAUUGUCUGAAUGAAGCCAUCAUGAGAUUGGUAGCUGUAAUAAUGUGGUACGCCCCUCUGGGCAUCCUCUUCCUGAUUGCAGGGAAAAUUGUCGAGAUGGAAGACAUGGGCGUGAUUGGGGGGCAGCUGGCCAUGUACACUGUGACUGUCAUCGUGGGCUUGCUCAUCCACGCUGUCAUUGUCCUCCCGCUCCUCUACUUCCUGGUAACACGGAAAAACCCCUGGGUUUUCAUCGGAGGCUUGCUGCAGGCGCUCAUCACUGCUCUGGGAACCUCCUCCAGUUCUGCCACCCUGCCCAUUACCUUCAAGUGCCUGGAAGAGAACAAUGGCGUGGACAAGCGUGUCACCAGAUUUGUGCUCCCGGUGGGGGCCACCAUCAACAUGGACGGGACUGCCCUCUAUGAGGCUUUGGCUGCCAUUUUCAUUGCUCAAGUCAACAACUUUGACCUGAAUUUUGGACAGAUUAUUACCAUCAGCAUCACAGCCACAGCAGCCAGUAUUGGGGCAGCUGGAAUCCCUCAGGCGGGCCUGGUUACCAUGGUCAUAGUGCUGACAUCCGUGGGCCUGCCCACCGACGACAUCACUCUCAUCAUCGCAGUGGACUGGUUCCUGGACCGCCUCCGAACCACUACCAAUGUGCUUGGAGACUCCCUUGGAGCUGGGAUUGUGGAGCACUUAUCUCGACAUGAACUGAAGAAUCAGGAUGUUGAAAUGGGUAACUCAGUGAUUGAAGAGAAUGAAAUGAAGAAACCAUAUCAGCUGGUUGCUCAGGAAAAUGAAACUGAAAAAUCUAUUGACAGUGAAACCAAGAUGUAGACUAACAUAAAUGAAAUGCUCUCUUGAGCACCAGAUGUUUGAAAACCAUUGUGAAAUGUUUCUGUCCCUUUACAAACUCAUUCUCUCCAGUAAGCCCCUUAUCUCCCUUUUAGCUUCACUUCGAGGUUUGGGAAGGAGUCAUCCAAAUAUAAGGGAGGAUUUGGGGUUGGCCAAAAUGUCUAUAUUUCAUUCAUAUUUGAAAUGUUUGGUCUUACAAAAGAAGGUACUGAGAUCAAAAAUAGUCUUGGUCAUAUCUUGCAAGUUUGUCAUAUGACACACAAUCCUGUAAAUAUGAUUUUUAAAAAAUAAUUCUAAAAGUCUAAUGAUAGGCAAAGAAUGCUUUUAAAUCAACCUUUAAAUAUUGUAUUUCUAAAUACAAUUCAAUUUUAGUAUCCAAAUGAAACAAUAUGCUAAACUACAAUUGGUUAUUAGCUGGACAAUAACAGGCUUUUUCCCCUUUCUCUUCUAACUUGUGUCCUUAUUUUAUGAACAAGAGGACAAAGGCAUACACACAUAGUGUAGCUAUGAAGAGGCAUAUAAAGUGAAAUUUUUCUUUGGGUUCAGAGUAAAGCUAUGUCCCAUUACUAGACCCUUAGUAUCCUCAUCUGUAAAAUGAGUGAGUCUUCCAAGAUGCCUCUGUGAACUCUUGUAGUCUGAUCAUCCUGUGGCAUCAUGUAAAGACCUAUGCUCUAUUUCUUCCUCAACAUUCUGAGCAAGUAUCAUUCCAGGAGCAUUGGACUUUCAGAAAGGACAUUUAUUGGAAAUGUACAUUUCCAAGUACAACAAGGUACCUGGUUAAUUCACCAGGUCCUGUGUCAGAAUGUCAGUUGUGCAAAACACCAGGUAGGAAUC